GAAGCAAAAUGAUAAUCUGUCUGAGGUCCCAUGUUGGUGUGCUGCCGUCUCGCAGCGUGGCCCUACUGUCUUCCAGAUGCUGGGGGCAGCUGUGCCAGUGCUCCUCCCCGCAUAGGGUAUAGUGGGCUGCAGGCGGGUGCAGUGUGGGCAGGCAGGUUUCUGUGGCUAUGGGUCGGGGAUGGUGUGACCCUAAAAAGAGGGUUCUUCCCUCCCAGCUCUGUGCUGGAGCAGGGGGUGCCCUGUGCAUGUCUCUUGGGCAGAUCCUUGCUACCUCCUACACUGCUGAGUCUCCCUGACGCCGUGCGCUAGUCAGGAGGGGAGAUUGAUGACCUGGGUAGAUGCAUUGGGGCUGACUGCCCAGCUCGGGGGAGCAAGGGCAGUGAAGACCGGCUCUGUAAGCUGGCAACUGAAGCUGGAGCCCAGGAGACUUCUCAUUAGCGUGUUCUGCCGCUUUCCUUCUUAAUACCGAAUGGAAAAUUCAGCGAAGCUGCCUGGUGUCCGCAGGGACUGCCCAUCAAACCGGCCCCCUGCUCCUGUCACUAAGCAGGCCCCGGGGCUCCAGCCGUGCAGAUCCUGACGCAGAGCUGCGGGGGGAAGCGUGGAUGGAUGAGAUGCUUUGGGAGAGUGAGUCUCGCCCUCUGGAAAAGAAACCGUCGAAGGUUGGGUGAAUUACAUUAACCCGGCGAGCCCUUAAAGGAAGAGGCAGCUGUGCCAGGCCUGGCUUGUUUCUCAUGUCGGACUCCGGCCUUAAACAUGAAUAGAUGCUAUCAAGAUGCAGCAAAGGGGCUGCAGUCUGGACGGAUCGAGGACUGCCUGCCCCCGCUGGAGAGCUCGCCCGCCAAGAGGUUCUCCCCGUCCAAGCGCAAGCAGCACUACAUCAACCAGGCCAUCCGCAACUCCGACCUCAUCCCCAAGGCCAAGGGGCGCAAGAGCCUCCAGCGUCUGGAGAACACCCGCUACCUGAUGACCCUUCUGGAGCGAGACGAGUGUGGCACCGACGAGGGGGACCUGGCUUACCCGGCCGCCCCCAGCAUCUUCACCGAGGCCUGCAACAAUGAGACCUACAUGGAGAUCUGGAACGACUUCAUGAACCGGUCGGGCGAGGAGCAGGAGAGGGUCCUGCUCUACCUGGAGGGAGAGGCCAAGAAGAAGCACAAGAGGAAGCUGCCCGUUAAAGCGGAGGACAAGUGGAAAGAGCACCCCGCCUACACGCCCCAGGAGUGCUUCCAGCGCAUCAGCCGCCGGCUCCGCUCCACGCUCAAGCGAGGCAGGAUCCCACUGGGGACCCUGGAGGGCCUGGAGGAGGAGCUCCUGGGUUUUUUCUCUGUCACCCCCCAGUCCGUGUACACCGCGAUGAUGGACAACAGCUUUGAGCGGCUGCUGCUCCACGCGCUCUGCCAGUACAUGGACCUCGUCUCUGCCACAGGUGGGUGUGAAAAUGCCAGGGAAGCUCUAAUGGCUCAGAGCUGUGCAGCGGGGAGCUGGCAGGGGCCCAGAGCAGGAGAGGAGGGCACGUGGUGUCCGCUGCCAGCGCAUCUCAUGGGGUUCCGACUUUGAAGGGAAACGCCAAAUGAAAGUGAGCAACAAGCACCGCGUCUUCCUGCCCCCGGAGCUCCUGCUCUCGGCCUACCUGGAGCAGAUGAGCUGAUACGCUGCGGACCCCCGCCCCUCCUGCUCCGACCCCGCUCCCUGCUGCCUGCCCGCCUGCCCCCCUUGUGCGGCGGCCUGGCCGGUGGGCGGCUUUGUGUGGAGCGGGGUUCAAUCCACAACGUGUGCCCUGCUUCAAGGCAUGAAAUCUCUUCCCUUCCCCGUCCCUGGAGCUCUGCAGGGAUCUCCCAAAACUCCUGUCUCUCCUCCGGGAGGCACAAACUUACCACAGGGUCUCUAGCUGGCUCUUUCCUCCCUUCCGGGACAGAGCCUGCUUGGUCUGUAUUAAGGAAGGCACCAGCUCCUUUCUUUGCAAAAGCCCUGGCAUCUCUGUCCCCGUGGCGGGGCCACCUCCCAGCUGUGUGCAGGUACCAGCCCCUGUUGGCUGCAACCUCUCUGGAUGUCCAGGCUGGGGGGGGAGCAGGGAGAGGCGCUGUUUUAUGAGUCGGUCUCAUUCACAUUUUUGGGGCUCGUUUGGGCUAUUAAAAGCCCGUCGGAGGCUGCAGCAGCCUUACUCUGGCUUAGCUUCCCA